AUUAAUAAGAGUCAAUUUAAGCUCUUUACACUCACGUUGUUAAACGAUACCAUAAACCAUUGCAAAUCAAUGCAAGGUCUCGCCAGCACAUCUACUGCUUUGACAAGCAUAUGCACUGACUAGCCAUCGCUUUAAUAAACAAAUGCGAUAAUAAAGCAAGUUGUAGGUAUUUAAUUACAUGCAUCUUCAAUCAACUUCAUUCAUGUUUGACAACCAAUUUUAAGAAUCUGUCUUCACCUGGGUUUCCCCAGAUUUCAUGAUGGGUAAUAGUGCCACUCAACAAGAUAGGUGUGACUCCUCCGACUCUGAUUCACCGGAUUUAUCCAAUUUGACACCGUUUUUGAAUAUUCCACAACCACUGACUUCUUCUACUAGAUCUGUGAUGCAGUCAUCUGAUUUUAAUGUCGAUGCCGCAAUUACAUCAACUUCUCUUAACAUAAAACUCAUCACAACCCAGCAAAAAUUGUUAAUUUGUGAAAAUCUUGAUCAAUAUGAAAAGAUCUCACUUGUUUAUCUAGUGGCUAGUGAUUACAAAACAGCCUCAGAAACAAUGUUAAGGUUAAUUAAUAAUGAUUACAUCUUUAACCAGUUUUUAACUGAGCAGUUAAAAAGUAUCGACUCUACCAAAAAAAUUAUUGAAGCUUUAUGUGUGAUUCAAAACUAUGAGGUGUUAAAACUACUUGAUUAUAAAAAAUCUGAAUUGCAAACAGAUUUUUCUCCUUUAAUUUAUCACUGUGCAAUUUAUAUUAAUAAAGUGAGGAAAUUGUGCUAUAGAAUAAUGGAAAACCUCACAAUGGAUGAAGAGCAGGAAUUACUCCAGGCAAUUAAAGAAGAUGUAGGGCAUAUGGGCAUACCUUUUGCAGAAUAUCCUUAUCUUGAAAUGCAAUUUGCCUACCUGUUUGAAAAGCAAUAUAUUACUGAUAAUGAUCUUUCAAACAUAACCAAUCUCUUUAAGGCUCUAGAAAUGGAUAAAUAUGUUGAUAUUCUUAAUGCCAAAAAGAGACCAUCAGCUAAUAUCCCAACACCAAUGUCUUCUAGGCAAAUGCAAUCAACUGCUACUGACAAAUCAACAGCUAAUAUGGGAUCACCUAACACAUCUGGAGCCACCCAGAUGAGACCCAAGCAAUCUGAUUUAAAUGAAUCAGAUGUGUAUCCAAUGGAUGAAAACAACCCUGGUUUUGUUUUAAUCAUCGAAAAUAAUAAUUUUUACGAAGAAGAAGACGAGCAAUUUCAAGAUUUAGUAAUCCGAAGUAAAACGGCAUUAGAAGUUCGGAAAGGCAGUGAACAUGAUUCAAGGCGUCUCAAAGACAUUUUUGGCCGAUUUGGCUUUGAGAUUGAACAUAAAACUGACUUAACUCAUUUGCAAAUGCUUGCCUUAAUUAGGGAGGUUAGCCAUAAAAGGGUGACUGAAAACCAGUCUAGUUUUAUUCUUAUAAUGUUAUCACACGGGCUACAAAAUCAAAUUAUUGGAUGUAACUGUGUUCCAUUGAAUGUAGAUGACAUCAAAAAAAAUAUAAACUCAAAGACUUUAGAAGGAAAACCUAAAAUUCUAAUAUUCCAAGCCUGCCAAGGCAAUGACAUUUUGUCAGUCCAACCUGAUGAUAUCUGCACAGACAGUCCAAGUCCUUUACUGUCCGCACAAUACCCAUGGCAAAUGCAUGUUUUAGAAUUGCGAUCUGCUGUGCCUGGUUUCGUGUCUUUCAGAAGCAAAACUUCCGGAAGUUUUAUGAUCCAAACAUUGUGUGAUGUUUUGGAAACUGACGAUAACAAGGAAUCGUUCCAUGAUAUCUGCACCAAAGUGAACCGGAUUGUUAGUAAGAAAUUGGUUCAAUACGAGAACAACACAGUGAAUAUGCAACUAGUACCUUGCAGUUCAACUUUGAUUUAUAAAUAUAUUCUUCCACCGUUGAAACCGGCUAUGUAAACAGUGAUAUGUAAUUGUGUGCUGUUUCUUUUUAUUAUUUUAAAGUAAUAUUUGGUAGAUUGUUCAAACA